GGGUUGGUCGGUUUACUUUCUGGAGGCAAAGCUUCCAUGUGCCUCCAAUCGAACAGUUUCAAAUUCAUUAGAAGCUGAAACUCCACGUAUAAACCGUUCAUUUCCCUCCCCUCCCUCCUAUCCCACUCCGUCUCUCUCUCUCUCUCAACGAAAUUAUGAAUCUUAAAACCCUAAAUCGGCACGAUCUUAUUGCAAUCGAAAACCCGAGCUUCAAAAAAUUGAAGUCUCAUUCGACAUGCUUAAGCAAAUCUCGUGUUUGCUUCUCUUCGGGCCAUCGCCAUCGCAAAUACCAAGGUCUAUCAGGGAUUAGGAUAUUGUUUGAUAAUCGCUGCAGUCGGCUGAUUACUGCCUGCAUUAGUCCGAGCCAAGAAAUUGUCGGCGAGGAAUCUGAAGUUUCAGCCGAAAAUGCCGAGAACGUGGCCUCGGUUUCGGCGACUGAGGUGGUUGAAUCCAAAAGAGAAGAGUUCGUGGGGAAUGGCAGUCUUUGGAAUCAAAUAGUUGAAAUUGUGAAGUUUUCGGGGCCGGCCGUUGGGUUAUGGAUUUGUGGACCAUUGAUGAGUCUGAUUGACACUGUUGUAAUUGGUCAAGGAAGCGCCAUUGAGCUCGCCGCUUUAGGGCCUGGGACCGUGCUUUGUGAUAAUAUGAGUUAUGUUUUUAUGUUCCUUUCAAUUGCUACGUCAAAUAUGAUUGCGACUUCACUAGCAAAACAGGACAAAGAUCAGGUUCAGCAACAGAUAUCUAUCUUGCUCUGUAUUGGGUUGGCUUGUGGUAUCUUGAUGCUAUUUUUCACGCGAUUCAUGGGUGCAUGGGCACUAACUGCUUUUACUGGUGCAAAGAAUGUGCAGAUCAUUCCUGCAGCAAACACAUAUGUUCAGAUCCGAGGAUUAGCAUGGCCUGCAUUGCUUGUUGGAUGGGUUGCUCAAAGUGCAAGUCUUAGCAUGAAGGAUUCAUGGGGACCUUUGAAGGCCUUGUCUGUUGCCAGUGCAGUAAAUGCCGUUGGUGAUGUUGUUCUAUGCACAUUCUUAGGUUACGGAAUUGCUGGAGCGGCUUGGGCCACAAUGGCAUCACAGGUAAUCGCAGGUUAUAUGAUGAUUGAAUCUUUGAAUAAGAAAGGCUAUAAUGCUUUUUAUAUAUCUUUGCCAUCACCCAGUGAACUUCUGCAAAUAUUUAUGCUUGCUGCUCCAGUGUUUGUGACAAUGUUGUCCAAGGUUGCAUUUUACUCUCUCAUUGUAUAUUUUGCUACAUCGAUGGGCACACACACUGUUGCUGCUCAUCAGGUCAUGAUUCAAAUCUACUGCAUGUGUACUGUAUGGGGUGAGCCUCUCUCUCAAACUGCUCAAUCCUUUAUGCCUGAGUUAAUGUAUGGAGUCAAUCGAAGUCUGGCAAAGGCUCGAAUGCUAUUAAAGUCGCUGCUGAUUAUUGGUGCACUUAGUGGACUAAUAUUAGGAUCUGUUGGAACAUUUGUUCCCUUUAUGUUCCCCAAAUUCUUUUCCCCAGAUCCUGAGGUCAUAGGGGAGAUGCACGGAGUAUUGAUUCCAUAUUUCUUGGCGUUGUGUAUAACACCCAGUAUUCACUGCCUCGAAGGAACGUUGCUGGCUGGACGGGACCUUAAAUUUAUUAGUUUGUCAAUGAGUGGGUGCUUCUCAUUAGGUACUCUUUUCCUAAUGCUGGUGAGCAGUAGAGGAUACGGUUUGCCCAGUUGCUGGUGCGCCCUCGUAGGAUUUCAAUGGUCUCGAUUCUUUAUCGCUCUCCGGCGCCUCCUUUCACCCGAUGGCAUACUCUACGCCGAGGACCUUACCCGGAAUCAAUUGGGGAAAGUGAAAGCUGCAUAGUAGUUGGACACUAUCCAGUACUCCAAAAAAUUCAGACUAUUAUUCAACCUCACUGAAGGUAAUAGCAUUUAACUAAACACUAUCCACAAACUGUACAAUAGUUAUCGCAGGUCCACAGCAAUCGUGGUUCUUGUCUGUUGUAAUUUCCAGUUGGCCGGGCUUCCAUAUUUGGCAGGGAAGCUCUCCCAUGUAUUGUUACAUCAAUUUGCAUCCAUUAAUACCAAGAUUUUUACUUCUUUUUGUUUA